AUGCCGACAGAGGGCGAGGAGGCGGAGGACCCCGAACGGACUCCAGCACGACGCUGCCCCGAGCCACCUCAUGCUGGAACACUCGCCGACACAGCGCCGCCCAUUGACUUGGAGUACGGGGAUGAGCCGAGGACGCAAUCACACCGCCAUCAACGACCACCGCGCCACCUAGGGGACCACAGCCUGGCCAGCCCACAGCGAGGACCAGCAGGCACACCCACGGGCGACCUCUCACGUGGAUUAAGGGCGGUCACGACAUUAGAUAUCGACAUCGCCAGGACGAUAGCGGAUAUCGCAGAACACAACCAGACCCCGACACCGCACCACCUCGGAUCGCCCCACUCGACCCCGUUCGCCGACGCAGCGUCGCCCGGACACCCGGAGUCGGAGGACGAGACGAGGACAUGGCCACACCGAUGGCGACACCCGCCGCGUUACCUGGAGAACUACGUGCUGAACACACCGCCAGGGGAGACGGCGGAUACAUCCACGAGCUGCCUACCAAAUGACCAGGGCACGGAACAGGACGAGCCACAGCCGACGGUGGAGUUGGUGGACGAAGACCCGAGCCCGGAGGGCGCCCCACUCCGAUGCCAUCCCUGCGGCGACGACCCAGGGACCGUAACCAUCACCGAGUUGCCCUACAGUCCUGGCGACCCCGAGAUGGACAGCGACCCGGGAACGAUCCCACUGGUAACGGAGCCAGAGGAGGAGGAUGCGGAGAACCAUGAGACGUCUGAAACACUCCACCAUGCGCCGUGCCGCCGCCCCCGGCCCAGCUGCCUCCACAGUCGACCGGACGGCGUGCGCCGCGCCACCCUUCCAUGCGCCAUGCCGCUGCCCCCGGCCCAGCUGCCUCCGCAGUCGACCGGGCAGCGUGCGCCGCGCCACCCUUCCAUGCGCCGUGCCGCAGCCCCCGGCCCAGCUGCCUCCGCAGUCGACCGGGCGGCGUGCGCCAUACCACCCUUCCAUGCGCCGUGCCGCCACCCCCGGCCCAGCUGCCUCCGCAGUCGACCGGGCAGCGUGCGCCGCGCCACCCUUCCAUGCGCCGUGCCGCCGCCCCCGGCCCAGCUGCCUCCGCAGUCGACCGGGCGGCGUGCGCCGCGCCACCCUUCCAUGCGCCGUGCCGCCGCCCCCGGCCCAGCUGCCUCCGCAGUCGACCGGGCGGCGUGCGCCGCGCCACCCUUCCAUGUGCCGUGCCGCCCCCCCCGGCCCAGCUGCCUCCGCAGUCGACCGGGCGGCGUGCGCCGCGCCACCCUUCCAUGUGCCGUGCCGCCGCCCCUGGCCCAGCUGCCUCCGCAGUCGACCGGGCGGCGUGCGCCGCGCCACCCCACCACCGAGCGUCGCGACGCCGCAGCUAGGGGAACAGAGCGGACCCUACCAUUCGGUCUUAAACACUCCACCAUGCGCCGUGCCGCCGCCCCUGGCCCAGCUGCCUCCACAGUCGACCGGGCGGCGUGCGCCGCGCCACCCUUCCAUGCGCCGUGCCGCUGCCCCCGGCCCAGCUGCCUCCGCAGUCGACCGGGCAGCGUGCGCCGCGCCACCCCACCACCGAGCGUCGCGACACCGCAGCUAGGGGAACAGAGCGGGCCCUACUAG